GAAAAGUUACAUGAGUGUAAGGGAGUAGCGCUCGUGCUUCGCCGUGGCACUUUCGGAAAUGUUGCUUAAACUUUUGCUCGCGCUUUGCUUUGUCCUGUGCUUUUACGGAGCUCCGUCAAAUGGACAGAAGAAGAAAGAGACGCUGCUCUCUGAAAAAGUGGGACAGAUGAUGGACUGGGCUGCGAAGAGAGCCGUGAUCCGAAUGAACGGAGACAAGUUCAGGAGAUUUGUUCGAGCGCCUCCACGCAACUACUCCGUCAUCAUCAUGUUCACGGCCCUGCAGCCUCAGAGGCAGUGUGGAGUCUGCAGGCAGGCGGAUGAUGAAUACCAAAUCCUUGCAAAUUCCUGGCGAUACUCGAGCGCAUUCACCAACAAGAUUUUCUUUGCCAUGGUGGAUUUUGAUGAAGGCGCAGAUGUGUUUCAGAUGCUUAAUAUGAACUCGGCCCCCACUUUCAUCAACUUCCCACCCAAGGGGAAGCCCAAGCGUGCAGACACCUACGAGCUGCAGGUUCGAGGCUUUGCGGCCGAGCAGCUCGCUCGAUGGGUUGCGGACAGAACCGAGGUCCAUAUCAGGGUGAUUAGACCACCAAACUAUGCUGGGCCACUGAUGCUGGGCUUGCUCCUGGCUCUCAUUGGGAGUUUGGCAUAUGUGCGGCGCAACAAUCUCGAGUUUCUCUACAACAAAAAUGUCUGGGCUUUCUCAGCACUGUUUUUUGUUUUGAUCAUGACAUCUGGUCAGAUGUGGAACCACAUUCGAGGGCCUCCAUACGCUCACAAAAAUCCCAACAGUGGUCAAGUGAGUUACAUCCACGGCAGCAGUCAAGCUCAGUUUGUGGCCGAGACACACAUUGUUCUUCUGUUCAAUGCAGCUAUUACUUUCGGAAUGGUGCUUCUCCACAACGCGGCGACUUCUGAUAUGGACAUCGGGAAGAGGAAAUUCAUGUGUGUGGCUGGAAUUGGGCUGGUGGUACUCUUCUUCAGCUGGCUGUUGUCCAUCUUCAAGGCCAAAUACCAUGGAUAUCCUUACAGUUUCCUGAUGAGUUAAGCACAGAGCUGGGGAAUAUCUCAGUUCCUCAGUGGAAGGUUGACGUUUCAAGAACCUUUUUUCUUCAGAACCUUCUACAGCUCAACAUGCCUUACUGGUUAACAACAACUUAAACUUUCAUUUCUGUCUGAUUUCUAUUCGUGUUUGGGAGUUUUUUUGUUUGUUUGUUUGUUUUUUUGUUUUUUUCUCUUAUUUAAAGUCUAAUCGAAUUUUUUUAUUUGUCUUUUAAACCUUAUUAGGAUAAGUGACUGAGAAGGUUACUCUAAAAGCUGUGGACAGCAGAUCAGAUGUUUGUGAUUAUUGUGAUGUUUACUGGCGAAUGCAUCAUUACCCUCCACAGGCUAUGCAGUCGUUCAUUGACCUGUUCUAACUUUCAAGGUGAAAACUCCAGGUUUGAAGAUGCAUGAGGACGAGCACAAUGUUUUUCCACGCUACCUCUUGAAUCAUGUACAUUUGAAGCGUUCCAAAGCCAAAACACGAAGCAGUCCCCUAGUUAGUGUAGUUGCUUUUCUCUGGGGUGUUUGAAUGUACCACUCUGUGCUCAGUUUCCUUAAUGUAUCUGGAUGAUUAAAGUAUGAUGAGCUUGGUGAAGGUGAUGUCCUGCUUUCCAUUAAUGUUUUAAUACACCCUUGUCAUCUUUCCCUCACAACUCACAAGUGCCUACUAUCUGACACAUGUGGCCAGGGAACAGGAUAUAGCGUAAGCAUAGAAACGUUUCCAUGGUGAGUUUUACCUUUGAACCAUGCAUAUCAGCUUGCUAACUGCUUAGCAUUGUAAUAAACAGUCAGCUGUUGUGGACGGAGUUGCAGUGCCUCUUGGGCUGAAGUCUUGCAGCACUUAGCUCAGUCCCUCAAGCUGAUUUUAUUUGAGCUGAUAAAGUGUUGACAGCAGGUGUUCAUUAAGGUGGAAGUGGACAAGAGUGUUUAAGACAGUAAUGGAACACAGACUCGUACACCUAUGUUAAAAAUCAAGGUGCUGCUCUGUGUAAUGCCUCAGGUGAUGCCAUGUGCCAUUAAAAGUGCCUUAAUUACCAGUU